AUGUCUAUGGACGUGACAUUUCUGGGGACAGGUGCAGCAUACCCGUCCCCAACCCGGGGUGCCUCUGCGCUGGUUCUUCGGUGUGAAGGCGAGUGCUGGCUCUUUGACUGUGGGGAGGGAACCCAGACACAGCUUAUGAAGAGCCAACUUAAAGCGGGUGAAAUUACCAAGAUCUUUAUCACACAUCUUCAUGGAGACCAUUUCUUUGGCCUUCCUGGCCUCCUCUGCACAAUCAGCCUGCAGAGUGGGUCCACGGUCACCAAACAGCCCAUCGAAAUCUACGGCCCUGUGGGGCUUCGGGACUUUAUCUGGCGAACCAUGGAACUCUCUCACACGGAGUUGGUCUUCCCUUACGUGGUCCACGAGCUGGUGCCUACAGCGAAUCAGUGUCCUACAGAAGAACUAAAAGAAUCUGUGCAGGUGAAUGAAACAGAAAGCCCUCCCAAAGAGGGACAAGGACGAACUAUCCUGUUAGACUCAGAAGAAAACUCGUACCUCCUGGUUGAUGAUGAACAGUUUGUUGUGAAAGCGUUUCGCCUCUUUCAUCGAAUACCCUCCUUUGGAUUUUCAGUCGUGGAGAAGAAACGCCCAGGUAAACUCAACGCACAGAAACUUAAAGACCUGGGUGUUCCACCAGGUCCUGCCUAUGGGAAGCUGAAAAAUGGAAUUUCUGUUGUUCUGGAAAAUGGAGUUACAAUUUCUCCCCAAGAUGUCUUAAAGAAGCCUAUUGUUGGGAGAAAAAUCUGUAUUUUGGGUGACUGUUCUGGGGUUGUGGAUGACGGAGGAGUGAAGCUGUGCUUCGAGGCAGACCUGCUGGUCCACGAAGCGACCCUAGAUGACACCCAGAUGGACAAAGCCAAGGAGCACGGCCACAGCACGCCACAGAUGGCAGCGGCGUUUGCAAAGCUGUGCCAGGCGAAGAGGCUGGUUCUGACUCACUUCAGUCAGAGGUACAAACCAGCUGCCUUGGCCAGAGAAGGAGAAGCAGAUGCGAUUGUAGAACUUAAAAAGCAAGCUGAAUCAGUGUUAGACCUCCAAGAAGUGACUCUUGCAGAAGAUUUCAUGGUGAUCAGCAUUCCGAUCAAGAAGUGA